CCGUCUCUUCGCAUGCGCUGCCUUCCUGCCUCUUCCACUCCGUCCGGACCGGGACAGGACGGGCCGCAGACAUGGCGCUGUAUAACUUUAAGAAGAUCACGGUGGUGCCGUCCGCUAAGGACUUCAUAGACAUCACCUUGUCGAAGACCCAAAGAAAGACGCCGACAGUGAUCCACAAGCAUUAUCAGAUCAACAGGAUCCGGCAUUUUUACAUGAGGAAGGUGAAGUUCACCCAGCAGAACUACCACGACCGCCUCUCGCAGAUUCUCACAGAUUUCCCUAAAUUGGAUGACGUACAUCCGUUCUAUGCCGAUUUAAUGAACGUCCUCUACGACAAGGACCACUACAAGCUGGCAUUGGGGCAAAUAAACAUCGCCAAGAACCUAGUGGACAAUGUGGCCAAGGAUUACGCGAGGCUAAUGAAAUAUGGAGACUCCUUAUACCGCUGCAAGCAGCUGAAGCGGGCGGCGCUGGGGCGCAUGUGCACCAUUAUCAAGAGGCAGAAGCAGAGCUUGGAAUACCUGGAGCAAGUGCGUCAACAUCUGUCCCGUUUGCCAAGCAUCGACCCCAACACACGUACCCUGCUUCUCUGCGGCUACCCCAAUGUCGGGAAAUCCAGCUUUAUAAAUAAGGUGACCAGGGCAGAUGUAGAGGUGCAGCCGUACGCCUUUACUACGAAGUCGUUAUUUGUGGGGCACAUGGAUUACAAGUACCUCCGCUGGCAGGUAGUGGACACCCCUGGGAUUCUAGAUCACCCCCUGGAGGAGAGGAACACCAUUGAGAUGCAGGCCAUCACUGCCCUGGCUCACCUCCGGGCUGCUGUCCUGUACGUCAUGGACGUCUCCGAGCAGUGUGGACAUACGUUAGAGCAGCAGCUGGAGCUCUUCAACAACAUCCGCCCUCUGUUCUCUAAUAAACCUCUCAUUAUGGUCCUGAAUAAAUGUGAUGUGAAGCGCGUCUCUGAACUCAGUGAGGAACACCAGAAAAUCUUCAAGGACUUGGAGAAUGAGGGCUUGCCAUUGAUUGAGACCAGCACCCUUACCGAGGAAGGCGUCAUUCAUGUGAAGACCGAGGCGUGUGACAAGCUGCUGGCUCAUAGAGUGGAAAACAAGAUGAAGGGGAACAAAGUCAAUGACGUUCUCAACCGGCUGCACCUCGCAGUACCAUCCAAGAGAGAUGAGAAGGACAGACCACCUUUUAUUCCAGAAGGUAUUAUAACAAGAAAGAAACGUAUGGACAUCAGCACUCCAAAGAAGAAAUUGGAGAAAGAUCUUGAAAUGGAGAUGGGCGAUGACUAUAUCCUGGAUCUGCAGAAAUACUGGGAUAUAAUGAAUCCAUCAGAGAAAUAUGACAGGAUACCAGAGGUCUGGCAAGGCCAUAACAUUGCUGAUUACAUCGAUCCUGAGAUAAUGAAGAAAUUAGAAGAAUUGGAAAAAGAGGAGGAGCUGAAGGAAAGAGCUGGUGAAUAUGACAGUGACAUUGAAAGCGAGGAUGAAGAAAUGGCAGAAAUUCGCGAGCUUGCUCAGCAGAUUCGUGAGAAGAAAAAACUGAAGAUUCUUGCAUCAAAAGAGAAAGAUAUCCAUGCACCACGGCUCCCAAGGACUGCUAAGAAGGUGCAGCGCAAGACAUUAGAGAAUGAGUUGAGUGAUCUCGGGCUUGAUAUGACUGAGAAAAAUGAGACCCACUAUGCUGCACAAGCAAGAUCCAGGAGCGUGCAAAGGAAACGUAAGCGUGAAGAGUCUGCCCCACCAACAUCUGUCACCCGCAGCCGAAGCAACUCAAAACCCCCACGAGACCAAUCUGGGGUCCGUGAUGCUAAGAUGGCCAAGAAAGCAAAGAAGAUCAUGAAGAAUUCUCAGAGGAAAAUUAAUAGAAUGGGCAAGAAAGGAGAGGCCGACAGACACGUGUAUGAUCUGAAGCCCAAGCAUUUACUGGCCGGCAAGAGGAAAUCUGGCACCACGGACUGGAGAUAAGGUUGUCACAGGCAGGAGCACAUCCGUCAUCCUGCUCUGCCACCGAAAGGACUUCCAGGGUAGAAGGAGCGAUUGCCAUCUUUAUAAAGCUCUCAUUUCAUAAUGUGUAUGCCAUAACAGUGAAUUGGCUUCAUUGACUAGACUGUACUCUGAUGACCACCCCUCAGAUUAGGCCUUUUUACAUCUUUGGUUAUAAUUGAUCAACACAAUAAGAAUGAAUGAUCAUUGCAGCAUCUUGAGGUUUCCAGGUUUGAUGCCUUCAGAUGUCAAAAGAAAUUGUUCAGCAUCUGGUAUUCAUUCACGAAAAUUGACU